AUCGAAAUUGUCAUUUACUUCAUUGAACCCUUACUCUCCCUAUUUUCAGGUUAGUUAUAUAGUACUGUGAUAUUCUAAAUUCAUAAUUUUAUAAAACCUCAAAAAUUUUUAUUUUUUUUCUCACUAUAAAACAAUCUCGAAAACAAUACAUAUUUUGCUCUACUAUUCUAUACUUAAUUUGUAAUUAUUUUUAGGCGAAUUACAAUUUAGAAAAUCCAGCAGUUUUUCAAGACACUAUACAUAUAUCAACGAAGCUUAAGACUCGUUUAUUAAAUGAAAAUAUUUCUAUGAAUAUGGGAGGAAAACGAGUAUCUAUUGACAAUAUCCGGUACAUAAUUGAAAACUAUCCUAGAGAUAAACACUUAUUAUGCAAGAGCUUCCUUGAAUCUUCCGACAAAAUGAACUUCAAUGCAAUAGACAAGUUAAGUUCUGAACAUGUCACAAAUAUGCUUAAGGAAGUUCCCAACGCCGAAGCUACAAGGCAAUAUUUAAUACUGACUCGCAACAUAUUGGAUGCAUUCUUGUUAAAAGAAAUUAGUGUUGAAAGACGAGUAUACCUAAUUUGGUAUUCAACUUUUUUCAUGCGUAUUUGGAAAGCCUGGCUAAAAAAAAAUGGUGAAAAUAUCCAAAAGAAUUUUAUCACCACAAAUGCCUAUACAUGCAUAGAAAUAAACGCUCAUGGAAUUAUUUUAGUCAUUGAAAAACUUCGGCAAAAUGGAAUUUCAGAAGCUUUUCUUCCAUGGCUGUAUAGCAGUCAGCCAUGUGAAAAAGUAUUUAGAGACUCUCGGUCCAUGAGUAGCACAUUUUCAACUAUGAUAAAUUAUACACUGCUGGAUGUUUUAAGAAGAUUAAAACGUAUACAAGCUAUGCAUGAGAUAAGCACAGACUUAGGUCCCAAUUUUAGAUUCCCCAGGCAAGAAAACAAACGACUUGGAAAUAAUUAAGUGUCUUUAAAGUAACUGAGUUUCCAUCAACUGAUGAAAUGAUUAACAUAAUUAAAAAGGCCCAAGAAGACGCACUAUCUGACGCUAAAAAAAU